ACCCUCGUAGCCCCAGAAGCAAAACGGAAUCCAGCCCCCAGAGAUUUCAUACUGCAAAACGGUUGGCGGCCGGGAGUAGUUUUUGGGGAAGACUUUAGGGACGGAGGAUCAGUGGCCGGCAGCUGACAAAAUCCACUCGGACGGUGAGAACAACGUGCCCAAAACCUUGUUGGCUUUUCUGCCCCUCCGAUUGCGUCCCCUUACGUCAAAAUUUCUUCUUCUGGCUUUGCAGAGUGCCAACCUUGGUCCUUAGAGAAGAUCCAACAAGUGAUUGCCUUAGUGAGUAAAGCAGAAGGUGCGAUAAAAGCAAUGAAUCGCAUGAGGAUCUGUGUUUCUCUAGGCAGCGUUGCUGCUGCAUUGAGAUCAGGGCAGAGGUCUAUGUCGACAGCAUCAAAGUCUUUGACUGGACUUGGUAGCGUAAAAAAUGGCAAGAACGCCAAAGCUUCCAGUGAACUGUGCAAGUUCUUGGAAAUCCCAGAUCAGUCUCGGUCUGAAACCGCCUUGCUCAUCUCUAAGUUUAUUAAACUCAACAAUUCCCGGAGUCCGGGUAUCAAGAAAGAUAAGAUUUGGGAGCAGAAUUUGCAAACGCUUUUACGAGGGAAAACUAGCGUUAGUUUUCCUGAGAUUGCCAAAAUUCUUUCACCAGAAUUCAGCCAGAGUAUCAUGCAUUUCAAGGACAAGAGUAUGGACUCUUUGUCAGACAAGAAAAAGGGAAAAGCCUCGCAGAAGGGGAAGUCCUCAAAGAAGUAGGACUUGAUAUCAUGUGCCUCUCUUUUAGGGUCAAAAGCUAGGAACGGAGGAUCACAAACUGUCAAAUGGACAGCCAGAUGAAGUUUAUAAAUUUGGGUUUUAACUCAGGUCAUCAGGAGGGCGCGGAUACUUUUAUAGAUUUUGCUAAUAAGAGAACAAUCUCAAUUCUACGCAAGGUUGUUUAGGAUCGCAAUGUUGAUUGUACGGUUGCAAGAUGCACAAUUUCUAGAAACUUGUCAUUUUUGAUGUGUGUUGUUUAUAAAUUGAACAAUUAAUAUGUUACGAUUAGAAUUUAGAAGACCA